GGAGAGGGAGAGAGAGAUUCACUACAUAUGGAUAUACCCAUUCUGUCCAUAUCUGCGGUUUGAACUCCCGUGGAACCAAAUCUUCUAGCAACGUUUGACCCGCUUCACCAGACUGCAGUGCAUUUUCCUGGAUCCGCCGAUAGACCAGUGAAACAAGCAGUGAACACAAUAUUACAUAUAUCAAAGCAAUCUUUUCAGACGUCCACCCGUUGAGAACAAUGACAGGCUUGGUGUAUCUAGCUGUGCUCCUACUUCUGAUUCGUCUUCCGCUUGUCUGUUCAGCGUGUCUCCCUGACGAGGAGCCUAUCGCUGGUGAACAUUGGGACAAAGCUCUGAACGCCAGACUCAAUGAACAAAUCUUUAAGAUGGUUCCAAAAGAAAGAGUGCGUGCUGUCGCUUCUGCAAUGCAGGCAGACUUACAGAAGGAGAGAAAGGCCCUGACUAAACUAAGGGAGGUCACAGACCCAGUCGGAGAAAAUUUGAAACUAGACCCCGAAUUUCUUGAAAAUCUGGUCAACCUCACCCAUAUAACCAGGUUUGACGUACACAACACAAUUAUUGGAGAUCUUUCAGAUUCAUCUAAUACACAUUUUUUGAAGGGUUGUUUUGGAGGGAAGGAAAUUACGUUAAAUGACGACCGUAACGAACUGAAUUCCGUCGUCAAGGACGUCAUCACUUGUGCAGGAAGGGGUGUGGAUCUGCUACUGGAUUUGGUGAAUAUAUUUUCCAUGAAAGAUGAGGAGCUAACCACAACUGAACUUAUCAGGAGGAUGCAGGAAAUGGGAGAAAUAGCUCAGGAAAUUAAAGCACUGGUCAAUUUUCUGAACAAACUCAAAAACAACGUGGAGGGUGGGCUGUGUUGAUACGUGAACCCAGAAGAUUGGAGAACAAUGCCCCAACCGACAGAUUUAUUAUUCACAAUCGUAAUUGCUAUGUUGAUAAUUAUAUUUAAGUAUUCCUCAAUAUACGAAUUUACUAUGGACUACACAUUAUUGGUAUUAUGUACAUCAAAUCAUAUAAAUGUAUUAUGUAUAUUAAAUCAUAUAAAUGUACAUGUAUUCAUGCAAUAUUAUCAGUACGUAUAUAAUAAAGUACAUUGAAAUGCAA